AUGGAGCAUGAAGAAUCGCACCGUUUUCCAAGGAAAAAGCGAAGGACUCGCCUCUGCCUAAUCAUGGGUCUAUGUGCAGUAUUUUCACUGGUCGUUAUCCUCGCUAUUUCUCUGGGAGUAGCGCUCAGUCACAGACUGUCCAGCCCAUCGAGUGAAAGCCUAAAAAAAACUAUUAUUGACAAAUGUGAAGCAUUUAUACAGAACAACAAAUCUUCAAGGUGAGACACUUUUAUUUGAUUUAUUUUGCAUAUUUAUUUAUAUUUUUAGCAUAUUGUUAAAAGUAACUCAAACUUCAGGUUAACUAAUUUUGCAGCAGUUUAUUCAAUUUCCAUUGCCAUAGUUGAAUAUAAUUAAAUGUAGACUCAAGUGUAUUCAUGAUGUAGCCUCCCUGUCUGUAUGUGAACCUGCAUUGCUUAAUGGCACAGGUGGUUGUGCAUUUACCCUUGUAACAACAGGGUGGCUAGCUUGUUUAAGGUCUGCUCUGAUACUCUCUCACGGUUACCCCUCUUCCUAUAAUACACAUCAAGACAGCUUAACACAAUGAGCGAACAGUUAAAACAGUUUAGUUUUCUCCUAUUCAAUAACCGUUUCACAGGGAGCUAUUCCUUCCUCAAUCAAUGAUUGGCCAUAUUUUUAUUUCUAGAUAAUGCUGUAAUACUAUUCUUGAUAAUUCCUGUGAUUGUUCCAGUGCAAAUGACUGUCAAAAGAUAUGGAGUGCAUUUGAGCAAGCAUUCGUGGGGAAGGACCCAUGUAAUGUACCGAUGGAGGCCUAUGACCUCCUUAUCCAUACUGUGAUCCAGGAUCCUGUCUGUAACAGGGUGAGAUACUCACACACGCUCGCUCACACAUGCACACACACACCACUCAAAUAUAUUCAUAUGUUUUGUUUCAUUGACAGCUGCAAGUAAAACAUUUUUAACUUUUUUUUACAUUUCAUUGCACCACCAGAUGUUGUUCUGGAGCAAAACCAAGAAAAUAGUGCAUGACUUCACAGAGAAGACAGAUUGCUUCCUGACCCUUGAGGACACACUAGUCGGCUUCGUCAUGAAUGGACUGACCUGGUGUGGCAAGGAGGAGAGCAACGGUAAGGCUCAAAUGGAGCUACAUACCAUCAGUCUGUACAUAACACAGUGAUAGCCAUAAACAUGUCAAGUAUAUUGUGCUAUGUCAGAUCUACCGGUCAAAAGUUUUAGAACACCUACUCAUUCAAGGGUUUUUCUUUAUUUUUACUAUUUUCUACAUUGUAGAAUAAUAGUGAAGACAUCCAAACUAUGAAAUAACACAAGGAAUCAUGUAGUAACCAAAAAAGUGUUAAACAAAUAAAACAAUUUUUUAUAUUUGAGAUUCUUCAAAUAGCCACCCUUUGCCUUGAUGACAGCUUUGCACACUCUUGGCAUUCUCUCAACCAGCUUCAUGAGGUAGUCACCUGGAAUGCAUUUCAAUUAACAGGUGUGCUUUGUUAAUUUGUGGAAUUUCUUUCCUUCUUAAUGCGUUUGAGCCAGUCAGUUGUGUUGUGACAAGGUAGGGGUGGUAUACAGAAGAUAGCCCUAUUUGGUAAAAGACCAAGUCCAUAUUAUGGCAAGAACAGCUCAAAUAAGCAAAGAGAAAUGACAGUCCAUCAUUACUUUAAGACAUAAAGGUCAGUCAUUACGGAAAAUGUCAAGAACUUUUAACGUUUCUUCAAGUGCAGUCGCAAAAACCAUCAAACGCUAUGAUGAAACUGGCUCUCAUGAGGACCACCACAGGAAUGGAAGACCCAGAGUUACUUCUCCUGCAGAGGAUAAGUUCAUUAGAGUUUACCAGCCUCUGAAAUGGCAGCCAAAAUAAAUGCUUCACAGAGUUCAAGUAACAGACAUCUCAACAUCAACUGUUCUGUGUGAAUCAGGCCUUCAUGCUUGAAUUGCUGCAAAGAAACCACUACUAAAGGACACCAAUCAGAAGAGACUUGCUUGGGCCAAGAAACACGGUCUGGAGUCCAAAUUGUAGAUUUUUGGUUCCAACCACCGUGUCUUUGUGAGAUGCAGAGUAUGUGAACGGAUGAUCUCCGCAUGUGUGGUUCCCACCGUGAAGUAUGGAGGAAGUGUGAUGGUGUGGUGGUGCUUUGCUGGUGACGCUGUCAGUGAUUUAUUUAAAAUUCAAGGCACACUUAACCAGCAUGGCUACCACAGUAUUCUGCAGCGAUACGCCAUCCCAUCUAGUUUUUCAACAGGACAAUGACCCAACACACCUCCAGGCUGUGUAAGGGCUAUUUGACCAAGAAGGAGAGUGAUGGAGUGCUGCAUUAGAUGACCUGGCCUCCACAAUCACCUUACCUCAACCAAAUUGAGAUGGUUUGGGAUGAGUCGGACCGCAGAGUGAAGGAAAAGCAACCAACAAGUGCUCAGCAUAUGUGGGAACUCCUUCAAGACCGUUGGAAAAGCAUUCCAGGUGAAGCUGGUUGAGAGAAUGCCAAAAGUGUGCAAAGGUGUCAUCAAGGCAAAGGGUGGCUAUUUGAAGAAUCUCAAAUAUAAAAUAUUUUUUGGUUACUACCUGAUUCUAUAUGUGUUAUUUCAUAGUUUAUGUCUUCACUAUUAUUCUAUAAUGUAGAAAAUAGUAAAAAUAAAGAAAACCCCUUGAAUGAGUAGGUGUUCUAAAACUUAUGACCGGUAGUGUACAGUGGGGGGAAAAAGUAUUUAGUCAGCCACCAAUUGUGCAAGUUCUCCCACUUAAAAAGAUGAGAGGCCUGUAAUUUUCAUCAUAGGUACACGUCAACUAUGACAGACAAAUUGAGAAUUUUCUUCUCCAGAAAAUCACAUAAGUAUUUGGUCACCUACAAACAAGCAAGAUUUCUGGCUCUCACAGACCUGUAACUUCUUCUUUAAGAGGCUCCUCUGUCCUCCACUCGUUACAUGUAUUAAUGGCACCUGUUUGAACUUGUUAUCAGUAUAAAAGACACCUGUCCACAACCUCAAACAGUCACACUCCAAACUCCACUAUGGCCAAGACCAAAGAGCUGUCAAAGGACACCAGAAACAAAAUUGUAGACCUGCACCAGGCUGGGAAGACUGAAUCUGCAAUAGGUAAGCAGCUUGGUUUGAAGAAAUCAACUGUGGGAGCAAUUAUUAGGAAAUGGAAGACAUACAAGACCACUGAUAAUCUCCCUCGAUCUGGGGCUCCACGCAAGAUCUCACCCCGUGGGGUCAAAAUGAUCACAAGAACGGUGAGCAAAAAUCCCAGAACCACACGGGGGGACCUAGUGAAUGACCUGCAGAGAGCUGGGAACAAAGUAACAAAGCCUACCAUCAGUAACACACUACGCCGCCAGGGACUCAAAUCCUGCAGUGCCAGACGUGUCCCCCUGCUUAAGCCAGUACAUGUCCAGGCCCGUCUGCAGUUUUGCUAGAGUGCAUUUGGAUGAUCCAGAAGAGGAUUGGGAGAAUGUCAUAUGGUCAGAUAAAACCAAAAUAGAACUUUUUGGUAAAAACUCAACUCGUCGUGUUUGGAGGACAAAGAAUGCUGAGUUGCAUCCAAAGAACACCAUACCUACUGUGAAGCAUGGGGGUGGAAACAUCAUGCUUUGGGGCUGUCUUUCUGCAAAGGGACCAGGACGACUGAUCCGUAUAAAGGAAAGAAUGAAUGGGGCCAUGUAUCGUGAGAUUUUGAGUGAAAACCUCCUUCCAUCAGCAAGGGCAUUGAAGAUGAAACGUGGCUGGGUCUUUCAGCAUGGCAAUGAUCCCAAACACACCGCCCGGGCAACGAAGGAGUGGCUUUCUUAAGAAGCAUUUCAAGGUCCUGGAGUGGCCUAGCCAGUCUCCAGAUCUCAACCCCAUAGAAAAUCUUUGGAGGGAGUUGAAAGUCCGUGUUGCCCAGCGACAGCCCCAAAACAUCACUGCUCUAGAGGAGAUCUGCAUGGAGGAAUGGGCCAAAAUACCAGCAACAGUGUGUGAAAACCUUGUGAAGACUUACAGAAAACGUUUGACCUGUGUCAUUGCCAACAAAGGGUAUAUAACAAAGUAUUGAGAAACUUUUGUUAUUGACCAAAUACUUAUUUUCCACCAUAAUUUGCAAAUAAAUUCAUUGUGAUCCUACAAAAAUCCUACAAAUAGUUGACGUGUACCUAUGAUGAAAAUUACAGGCCUCUCUCAUCUUUUUAAGUGGGAGAACUUGCACAAUUGGUGGCUGACUAAACUUUUUUUCCCCACUGUAUGUGUAAUCAAAGAAAUGACAGCUAAUAGACCAUACAUGUACAGUAUAAACCACUAAUUUACUGGUUGUUUUAGGAUGCAUCCCAAAUGGCAAUCUAUUCCAUGUAUAGUGCACACCUCCACUCCCCUCUGUAAGUAUUUGGACAGUGAAGCAAAAUUAUUAAAUUUGGCUGUAUACUCCAGCAUUUUGGAUUUGAGAUCAAAUGUUUCAUAUGAGGCGAAGGUACAGAAUGUUACCUUUUAUUAGAGGGUAUUUUCAUACAUUUCUGUUUUACCUAGGCCCCUCAUUUGAAGAAGUCAUAAGUAUUUGGACAAAUUCCCUUAGGAUAUUAAAGUAGUCAAAAGUUUCGUAUUUGGUCCCAUAUUCCUAGCACGCAAUGACUACAUCAAGCUUGUGACUCUACAAACUCGUUGGAUGCAUUUGCGGUUUGUUUUGGUUGUGUUUUGGGUUAAGUUUUACCCAAUAUGAACUGAAUGGUGGAUGAUGAGUGGAGUAAUUUUCCUUCUAAGUGAGUAUAUCAGAUGUUUUUGACCACUUCUAAAUGUAUCCUGAUAAUACCACGAUCAAGAAAAAUCAUGAAUGAAUAAUGAUUAUUGAGAAAGUUACAGAGGCUACAACAAAACAUGCUAACCUCUCAACAUUACAAAUAACAGAGGUUAGCCUUUUUGGGGGGGUAUACAUUUACAUUUACAUUUUAGUCAUUUAGCAGACGCUCUUAUCCAGAGCGACUUACAGGAGCAAUUAGGGUUAAGUGCCUUGCUCAAGGGCACAUCGACAGAUUUUUCACCUAGUCGGCUCGGGGAUUAGAACCAGCGACCUUUCGGUUACUGGCACAACGCUCUUAACCACUAAGCUACCUGCCGCCCCAUGAUCUUUGUCCCUCUAACAUUCUCACUCAUCAUUAUUCACAAUCGGCUUCCUAUUUCGCAACAAAGCCUCCUUCACUCAUGCUGCCAAACAUGCCCUCGUAAAACGGACUAUCCUACCGAUCCUUGACUUCGGUGAUGUCAUUUACAAAAUAGCCUCCAACAUUCUACUCAGCAAAUUGGAUGUAGUCUAUCACAGUGCCAUCCGUUUUGUCACCAAAGCCCUAUAUACUACCCACCAAUGUGACCAGUAUGCUCUCGUUGGCUGGCCCUCACUACAUAUUCGUCGCCAAUCCCACUGGCUCCAGGUCAUCUAUAAAUCUCUGCUAGGCAAAUCCCUGCCUUAUCUUAGCUCAUUGGUCACCAUAGCAACACCCACCUGUAGUAUGCGCUCCAGCAGGUAUAUCUCACUGGUCAUCCUCAAAGCCAACACCUCCUUUGGCCGCCAUUCCUUCCAGUUCUCUGCUGCUAAUGACUGGAACGAACUGCAAAAAUCUCUGAAGCUGGAGACUCUUAUCUCUCUCACUAACUUUAAGCAUCAGUUGUCAGAGCAGCUUACCAAUCACUGCAACUGUACACAGCCCAUCUGUCAUUAGCCCACCCAACUACCUCAUCCCCAUAUUGUUAUUUAUUUUGCUAAUUUGCACCCCAGUAUCUCUAUUUGCACAUCAUCUUCUGCACAUCUAUCACUCCAGUGUUAAUACUAAAUUGUAAUUAUUUUGCACUAUGGCCUAUUUAUUGCCUUACCUCCAUAACUUACUACAUUUGCACACACUGUAUUUAGAUUUUCUAUUGUGUUAUUGACUGUAUGUUUUAUUUAUCCCAUGUGUAACUGUGUUGUUGUUUUUAUCGCACUGCUUUGCUUUAUCUUGGCCAGGUCGCAGUUGUAAAUGAGAACAUGUUCUCAACUGGCCUAUCUGGUUAAAUAUAGCAUCCACAUUACUGUAGAAGUGUUCAGAAACAUUAUAUUCUUACAAUAAAAGUGACUGUAAAACAGAUAUUAUGAAAAUACUCUCAAAUAAAAGGUGACAUUCUGUAUUGUUGCCUCAUAUGAAACAUUUUAUCUCAAUUCCAAAAUGCUGGAGUAUAGAGACAAAAUUUUAGCUUCACUGUCCAAAUACAUGCGGAGGGGAGUGUUUAUAGUGCAAUACUUUUGACCAGAGCCCUAUAUAGGGAUUAUGGUGCCAUUUGGGAUGUGCCCUUACUAUACAUCUGACCAUGAUAAAGUACAGUAUAGCUCAUGACGUGGGUCAGAGCCAGAGGGCCUCAGCAGGUCCUCUGGCCAAAGGCUAAUGUGAUGGAACAGCCUAGGAUGAUCCAGUUUGCUUCCGUCACUACAUUAUGUAAAUACAGUAUGGAGAAACAAGCAAACAAUUAUGAAGUUCCUUGAAAUUUGUGCUGUCAGAAAACGUUUCCUUGUAGUGCCUGCAUCAUUCAGGCACUAAAUGAGAACUUGUUCUCAACUGGCUUACCUGGUUAAAUAAAGGUGAAAUAAAAUAAAUAAAUAAAAAUUCCUUCCUUGUGUGGCUGUCUGCUUUCUCAGAAACGUUCACCACAGGGUGCCCAGGCUGGACAGACUGUGUCAACAACACAGUUCGUUCAUUCUGGAAUCGGGCCUCAGCAGCGGUAAGUUCUUUUCAGACUGUUAUUGAGCCUGCUAUGGCCAAGGUGCUUUGAAAUCUUACACCUACCAGCCAUGAAUACAAAACGCAUGGAACAAAAUGUACUGAUAUGAAUUAGAUAGCCAGAAACCAAUCCAAAUUCAAUCUGUGAUUGGGAGCAGAGGAAAGGGUUUCACAGUCUUAACUGUUCAUCAAUAGGCCUUUGUGUCUGUCUCCAUGGGAACACAUUUCUUAGCUCUCUCCUGAUUGGACAAUGUCAUACAUGGCGAUGGGAUGCAGGCUACAAACUUUCAAGCAGUUACACUUUGGAAUUCAGGACAGUACAACAAAUGUUUGUGUUGAAUUUGCUAUUUAUAGACAGUCAAGUUCACAAUAUAAUUUCAGACUAGAUUAGUGUAGGUGUGGGGGUAGUAUUUGUUGUUUUUCAAAAUCUGUGAGUUAUGAGGGGUGCACAAUACGAGUCAGCGGUGGGAGUGAGUUACCUGUUAAAAAUGAGUAGGAUGCACUGGAAAUGUACUGGAAAUCUAAGCUUGUUGUUUCCAACUGAUUUUGCAAUUCAGAUGUUAUUUUUCUUCACUGUGGGUGUUACUUUCUUUCCCUGGUAGUUUGCAGAUGCCGCAUGUGGUGAUGUCACAGCCAUGCUGAAUGGAUCUAUUGCCACUCCUUUCAGCCCCACCAGGUAAGAUGCAAUGACUGGGUCCUGAGGAGGCUAUUAUGGAUGUGUCCUAAAUGGCAACCUAUUCUCUAUAAAGUACACAACUUUUGACCAAAGUAUAGGGAAUGGGCCCUAUUCAAAAGUAGUGCACUAUAUAGGGAAUAGGGUGUCAUUUCAGACACAUUUAUGUGUUUGGCCUAGCCCGUCUCCAAUAAUAACUCAGCACAAAAAUGUGAUAGUCUUAUCAAGUUUGUCUGUGCAAUGGAAUGUGUUAUUUCAACUGAAUGGUGACAUUCUCUGCUCUGGAAAAAUAAUUAUACUCACAGAUAGGGCUGUGGAAGUCCUGCAAUUUUGGCAGCCGGUGAAUGUCAAGCAAAUAACUGCCGGUGUCACGGUAAUUUACCGUUAAUGAACAUAAACACAUUUCGCAUAGCCUACAAGCCACUGAUGCAGACCUUUGGAACAUCUACAUUUAAAAAAAGUCUAAUAAAACCAUCAUAAUAAAUCCAUUAUUUAUUUUAGACAGGUCUAAAGAACAGAAUAGCAUACUGAGUUGUCUUGAUGUAAGGCCCUGAUCUGGCUAUGCCAUAUGGCUGUGGGCUACACUAGUUCAGUUAGCAGACAAGAUUUGCUUAGAAUUCCGUGGCAUUAUUUUAUAGUAUGAAGAAUACAAUUGAACAGAGCUGAAUAAAAUAGAAAGGAUAUAUAUGUUCUCCAAAGUAUUUGAGGGAGUGCACACAUGCGGCUAUUCUGUGUUGAGCGGUUAACAAAGAAACAGGUACUCUUAUAUGCUUAAUUUCAAGUUAUUUAUGUAACUUUAGUUGUGAUACAAACUUUGGGCUAUAUGUUUUGAUUUUUAAUACAUUCUAAGGCUGCAUGAUGAGACUAAUGAUGAUUUGAAAAAAGUUGCAUGAAAGGCAUGUGCUCUGCUUUGUUUUUUUGCACAGGCUGUACACACUUCAUCAGUUUCUCAUUCACAAUUUGACAAGCACUUAAUAAGGACUCGAAUUUCCAGGCGACAUCCCCUUUGUGUGGCCAUAAUGCCCCCUAAAAAAAAACCAUGCCUUUUGCGGCCAGUGGCCGUUGUGCCCUUGGAUAAUAAUUAUAAUUCCCUUCUCCCGGCUGGGCGCACUGAAGCACCUCUCACUCACAUGGCUGUCCGUCACAUGAUCAGGUCUUUCUCACAGGCUACAAGUGCAGACACAUCGGGGACGCAACUGCGUGAGUCCUUAUCCAAUUCCAAGGCACAUAUUGAAGAUAUUGGAAGAACUGUCCACUUUUCGUCAGCCAAUAAGAUUAGUAGGCCUAACAAACAGCAAAAGCACUAGCCUAUGUCAAUCUACUAUCCCCCAUAGUACAAAAGUUGACCUAUUCUGUGCGAGAAAUAAAUAUUCCAAACAUAGUCUGGGACAGUUGUGGGAUUCGAUAGAUCCCAAAGUAAUACAACCACUAGCAUCAAAAAAACAUUUUUUAAGUAAUGAGGCUGACGCAACAGAUCAGAAUGUUUAGCUUAAAAUGUUGAUAAACUAUUAGGCUAUUUCUUCACAUUAUAAGCACAGCAAUGCGCACACGGCAGUAGGCUAUAAGCGUGAAUGUUCCAUUAGCAGGAAAACACCAUUCUCAGAAGUGACUGCAAAUGUGAUUAUGCAUGUAUGCUUUUAUUAUAAAGGUGCAUUUUAUGGUGAAAAUGAUCUUCCCCAAACUUGAAACUCACACGCUGCAUAAGUAUGCCAGGUAGGCUCUACACCCGUUGUAAAGCGGAUUCAUGUGCUUAAUUUUAAGAAGUUAUUUGGCCACUUUAGUUGUGAUACAAACAUUGGGUUAUAUGUUUUGAUUUUUAAUACAUUCUAAGGCUGCAUGAUGCGACUCUAAUGAUGAUUUGAAAAAAGUUGCAUGAAAGGCAUGAGCUCUGCUUUGUCUUUUGCAUGGGCUGUUCACACUUCAUCAGUCUCUCAUUCACAAUUUGACAAGCACCUGAUAAUGCCUUGAAUUUCCAGGGGCAAAUAUAUCAUUCACAAGUGAUAGGCUAAUAUUGUCACCCAUCAGACUAUUCUUGAUUUAAUCUUGUCUUUACAUAUACUAAAUAAUAUAUGCGUGCAUUUUUAUUUAUUUAGAAUGGACCAUUAUUAUGCACUUGUCUCAAACAGGUGCAGGGGGGAAAAAUACAUGUCAUCUAUGCACUUAAAUAGCGAAUGGAGGACGCUAUUCCAAUGGUUCAUUUUCCUGCCAUCCUGUUGUAAGGAGAAGCAAUGUGCUUAAUAUUAGGAAAGUUGAGUAAUAAAUAUAGCAGGCCUAGCCUAUAGAAAGCUGAUGGGACCCUCCUCUUUUUAAUAGAGGCCAUCGCUCUGUUUUUCUCACGCAAUUGCAUACCUAUAGAAAUGUUGCACAACAUGAGCUCAUAGGCUCUCAUGAAGUGUUUGAUUAGAUUUUCGAUUACAUUUGCAUUGAUGUCAGUGAUUAGAGGGACAAUAGAGUGCUGAGUACCAGGCAGUUAGCACAUUUGGUAGGCUACUAAUGACCAUCAGCAGCAUCAGAGCUUGGAGAAGCCUAAUCACUGUGACUAAACUGUCAUGUGGAAUUUGACUGCCAUCAGUAAUACGGUCACCUUAACAGCCCUACUCACAGACAACCAAGCAAAAACAUCCUUUUACCACAGCUGCCAUUUCCACCUAAAUGUAGAACCCCUCUAUUGCCACAACACUACGUAUAUUAUUAGCAGACUGUUGUGUUUUUGUUUGCUUAAGCAAUAGUGCACCUACAUAGUUGAUUGAUUUAAUGUAAAUCAUGAUCUUUACACAUUUCUAUGUUUGUCUUUUAUGUGAAGUAUUUUUGCCACCAUCGAGGUGAAAAGGUUCAAAGCUGCCAAAAUGAAGAGCCUGAGUGUUGUCCUGGUGACCAAGGAGAAUGAGGGGUGAGCUUUUUGUCCAGACAAACUGACAUAUGUCUACUGUGUGUGUGUGUGUGUGUGUGUGUGUGUGUGUGUGUUUCUUUCUGUCAUAGUUGAUUUGUAUGUCUUUCAUAAUCACUGCACCUGCAUUGUGCCUAGUAUGUGAUUAUGUAAAAUAGUAGAACAAAUGUCUGUUUAUAUAUAGGAUACAUGUAGGCUUUAUGUUUCAUGGAAUAUUAUGACAUAUUAUAAUUUGUUUCAUGUCUUUCCCUGCUAAAGGACAACCUGUGAUGAUCCCUCCUUAAAGGACCUACAGAAAGAGAUAGAUCCAAAACUCAAGUACAAUUGCAAGGCGGUUCCU